AUGGCUGAGGACAGCACGGAUGUUUCUGGCCCCUCCGUCACGGGGGAGCCACUCCCGCCAUCGACGGCUCCCGCCGUUAGUUCGGACGCGCCCGCCGUCAGUUCGGACGCGCCCGCAGUCAGUUCGAACGCGCCCGCCUCAUCCGCCAGCAGCGAACCGCUCCUUCAAGCAGCCACCGCCGAGGCUCCCGCAACCAGCGCUCCCGUCGCGGAUGUCGACUCGGACGCGCUGCUUCCGCUGCAGGCGGGGCUUAAGGACUUCGACUACGACGCGAAGCACCACUCCAAGGAGGACCAGAGCCGCUGGCGCAAGAUGUCGCUCGUGCGCAACGCCGCGCGUCGCUUCCGCUACACGCACAACAUCUCGCAGCCCGAUCCACGGGAGUCGGUGGCGAGUCGCCUGCGCGUGGGCGCGUCGGCGAUUAAGGCCGUCACGCGCUUCAAGUCAGUUCUCUCGCGGAUCUCCGACGCGGCGGUGAAGGCGGCGCGCGCGGAGGGCUUCGGGCUGUCGGCGAAGCAGCUGGAGGGGAUCAUGUCGGGGCAGGACGCGGCGGGGCUGCAGAACUCGUACGGCGGCGUGGAGGGCAUCGCGCGGCGCCUCGACGCGGACCUGCACCAGGGAAUCACGGCCACGGAGGCCGACAUUGCGCGCCGAGUCAAGACGUUUGGAACGAACACGUACCCCGAGAAGCCGCCCAAAACGUUCUUCGAGUUCGUGUGGGACGCCAUGCAGGACAUGACGCUGUGGAUCCUGGCGGUGUGCGCGGUGUUUUCGCUGCUGGUGGGCAUCGUCACGGAGGGGUGGCAGGAGGGGUGGUACGACGGCGCGGGUAUCCUGCUCUCCAUCCUGCUCGUCGUCUUCGUCACCGCCACCAGCGACUAUCGCCAGUCGCUGCAGUUCCGGCUGCUGGACGCGGAGAAGAAGAAGGUGACGGUGGAGGUGGUGCGCGGGGGCGUGCGGCAGGCGCUGUCCGUGUUCGACCUGGUUGUGGGCGACGUCAUCGUGCUCUCCACCGGCGACAUUGUCCCCGCCGACGCGCUCUUCAUCCAAGGGCACAGCCUGGUGGUGGACGAGUCGAGCAUGACGGGCGAGAGCGUACCAGCCUACAAGGGCAAGGAGGCACCGUUCUUCCUGGCGGGCACCAAGGUGCAGGACGGCCAUGGCACCGUGCUCGCCACGGGCGUGGGCAUGCACACGGAGUGGGGGCAGCUCAUGGCCAAGCUCACUGACAGUGGGGAUGAUGAGACGCCUCUGCAGGUGAAGCUGAGCGGGGUGGCGACGCUGAUAGGGCGCGUGGGGCUGUACGUGGCGCUGCUGGUGUUCUUCGUGCUCAUGUACCGUCUCCUGCGCUCCACCUCGCUCUGGGACUGGUCCUUCCACCACACCCUCGAGGUGGUGCAUUUCUUUGCCAUAGCCGUCACCAUCGUGGUCGUGGCAGUCCCCGAGGGCCUCCCCCUCGCCGUAACCCUCUCGCUCGCCUUCGCCAUGAAGAAGAUGAUGCGGGACAAGGCGCUCGUGCGCAAGCUGGCGGCCUGCGAGACCAUGGGGUCUGCAACGACCAUCUGCAGUGACAAGACCGGCACGCUCACAGCCAAUCAGAUGACCGUGGUGCAGGCGUGGCUCACUGGCUCUGUGCACGUGCUGCCGUUUCAAGACCCCACUGCUGCGCCCUCUCCCGUGGACCUCAAUCUGCCCGAGUCCCUCCGCACAUCCCUCCUCCUCAACUUCUUCCUCAACACCAGCGGGGACGUGCAAUCUCCCCCCGCCGACGCCCCCGCAGGCGCGCCCCCCGUGCUGCUGGGCACCCCCACGGAGCAGGCCAUGCUCGCGCUGGGGCUGCGCCUGGGCGGCGAGUGGGCGGGGGUGCGCGGCAGCGUGCAGGUGCUGAAGCUGCAGCCCUUCAACUCGCAGCGCAAGCGCAUGGGCGCGGUUGUGAGGCUCGCGGACGGGACUGUGCGUGUGCUGUGGAAGGGUGCUGCGGAGAUUGUGCUUGCUACGUGCACCCAGGCCGUCAGCAACGAGCAGGGCGAGGUGCGAUGGGCAUGCAGGGGGGGGAGGGAAGAGGGGAUAAGGGGGAAGAGGGGAUAA